UGUCGUUAUCGUCAAAUUGAGCUAGAGAGAGAGCAUAACGGGUGCGAAUUUUUCAACCUUACAAAAGGUUGUUUGGUUUUUCUAUCAAAAAUUUGUUAUUUUCCAAAUAUCAAAGUCUAAAAUCCCUAGCUGUGACUGUUUUUUUUGUUGUAGUGCGUGCAUUUGGCAAAUCAAAUUCGUCGUAGGCAACCAUCGUUUUCAUUUUUAACCCAAAAAAAAAGAAGUCAAGUCGUCGUCACACCUUUGCGUUUGAGCGAGAUAGCAAUAGAGACAAGCACUAACACUAAUACGCCGCCAAAAGAACAACAACAAAACAAACGUAUUCGCCUUCGCGCAGAGGAAUCAAAGUCAAACGCAAUAGUUAAGUACUUUAUCUAGUACAUUUUACUUUGAUUUGCUUGCAAUUUCCUUGCAUCAAACUCAAUCAAUUUUUGGAAAUAUUACGAAAGUAUUAUUUCUGGUCAUAUCGUAUUGAUAAUCAUGGCUCAAUAAACAUGAAUCCGCAACGAAAAUCAUUUGCCCAACGCACUCCGCCGAGUGGAGAUCAAGGCUAUAAGCAAUUUGCUGCCAAUUUGCAGCAGUCGAAAAAAAUUCAUACAUCCUACAACAUUUCCUCACCCCCCCUUGCCAUCCCAAAUUUCUGCGAGCUACGCUGCAACAACAACAUUAAAAAUGGAAAACAACAACAGCAAGAAGCAACAACAAUCUCAUCACAAUGUCAGAUCCAGCAAGUCGUCUGCCAGUGAUCUGCAUACCAACAACAAUAAAUAUCCGACGCGCAGUUCACGACGUCGUGAACAGCUGCCCACACCGCGCAACGAUCAGCAACAGCAGCAGCAACCACGAAAACAAGCCCAGCAGCAGCAGCAGCAACAACAACAACAAGCUGCCAAACUACGUCCCAAUGUGGACAAGCGUCCUCGGGCGCGUGGUGGAUGCAGUAAUGCACAGUAUGGGAGUGGAGCUGCUGGCGGUGGUCAAUCUAUGGCCACCAGUGAGAACGGGUCUUAUGGCGGCGCCGGAUUAGCAGUUUUCCAAGGCGGCGGCUACUCUCGUAGCGGCGAUUUUGAUUAUGAACUAAACUCUGUGUACGCGCAUGGAAGUAAGAAGCAGAACUUGAAUCACCUUCUUAACUUUCAUUGCGUCCGAGAUACUCCGGAUUAUGGUUCGGCGGGAGCUCGAGGCGGUGGUGCAAUUAUGCGCAAACCACGCUAUAAUAAGGAGCAAUUCUUACAGGCCAAUUUCCAGUUUGUCAUCAGUUCGAAUGGCUGCAAGGGGGCUCAGGUCAUGGGAUCGCCAGAUACCCUUAUUGAUUGGGCGUACAUUGAGCAGAUUAACAUACAGACAACCGAAGAACCGCAAUGCCCCAUCUGUCUGUAUCCACCUGUGGCAGCAAAAUUGACCCGCUGCGGUCAUGCCUACUGUUGGCCCUGUUUACUCCAUUAUCUCUCCCUAAGCGAUAAGACAUGGCGCAAGUGUCCUAUUUGCUAUGAUGCUAUACAUGCAGCCGAUCUUAAGAGCUGCCACAUCGAGCAGCAAAAUGCAAUGAAUGUGGGUGAUCGCAUAACCUUUCAGCUGAUGCGUCGUCGCAAGGGCUCAAUGUAUAUAGAGCGUUUUGGGAUAAAUGCAACAGGAGGUGCAGCCGGUACAGAGAGAUUCCCAUUGAUGAGCAGUCAUGAUGAGGCGGCCAAGCACUAUACUAAAUUUCUAAUAGCCAAACGUGCAGAUGUCAAGAGCAUUAUAGAGCGUGAACGUCGAGAGUUAAUGUCCGAAUCCGACAUAUCCUGUCCGGAGGAUAUAUUUAUACAGCAGGCUCUUGUUAUGCUUAACGAACGUAGUGAAAAAUUAGUUGCAAACGAUAACCACGAUGUCGAAGAUCUGGAAGAGCAAACUACUUUGGUCAAUGAAGGCGAUACGAAAGUUGACACCGAUGAAGUAGCCUCUGUAUCAUCUGGCGAGGCUUCAACUUCAUCUUCAUCUGCUGCCAAUACGUUUGGCAAUGGCAAUAACACCAUUAAAUAUUAUUAUUUUUAUCAAUCCAAUGAUGGCCAACAUAUCUAUUUGCACCCAUUGAAUGUGAAGAUGUUGCAAGCCUGUUAUGGCUCUUUGGAUUUGGCUCCUUUGGUGAUCGAGGCAAACAUUUUACAAAAGGAACAACACUCAAUGGAUGAAGAACAUCGCAGAAAAUUCACUUGUUUGGGUCACUUGCCAUUGACUUGUCAGUUUUCAGUCGUAGAAGUGGAACUACAACAGCCCAUAGUCUCUGGAGGAAUAUUGAAGUUGUUUGAAAAGGAUCUACACAAUCGCCACAAGGAGCGUCAGCGACGUGAACGCGAGGAACGCAAACGGGAGCAGCAAAUCAAUGAGUUGAAUGACCGCCAAAUGGGCAAACUUAUAGCCAGUGCAGCCAAUUUGAAUCUAGAAUCAUCACAUGAGUUUCCCACAUGCGGCUUUGAGGAAGCUUUGCCCAUGACCAUCAACCAUGCCAGUAAUACUACACCUUUGGUUACUCCCUUGAGUCCCAGUCCCAAGGAGUUAUGGCCCUCAAUUGGCAGUUCAUCGUCACCAGGCACCAGUGCUUCGUUAGAUUUUCAUGUGGGUGCUUGGGGACGUUCGGCUCCGCCUCCACCACCAACUGUUCAUCCGUCGGCCUCCAAAAACACUGCUGGCGCUGCUGGUGAAGAUGACAUGCGCUCGGUGGGCCAUUGGGGUCUCGGAGAACUUCUUGUUGGGGCCUUGGAUCAGAAGAAGCAACACCAUGGCAAUGCCAAUGCACCACAAGCUUCAACUGAAUCGAACACUAAAAAACACAAGAAGGGCAAGGCCAAAAUGAUUCCCCUAUUUACCACUGGGAUGAACCGAGCUCCAUAGGAGCUUUAAAAUAACAGAUUGUUCGUCAUAUUAGACAUAUAUUUUUAAUCACUUAUUUUUUCUUCUUUUUUUUUGACGCGCCCGAGACGCAAAGGAAAUGAAUAUUGAAAUGAUGCAAACGGU